AUGCCGAAAGUGAACUGUUGCGUGCAGUUAUGCACAUCAUCUUCCAAAAGAACACCAAACCUGUCAUUCUACAGGCUUUCCAAAGAUAAGGAAAAAAGAAAUCGGUGGGAUGUACUGUGUAAUAAUGCUAACUUGAAAACGAAAUCGGCUUGGACAAGCAUUUGUUGUCUUCACUUCCCUGGUGGUUUUAAGAGCCAUAACGACGAACUAUCAGUUUUCCCCUCGAGUAAAGAAUGGAAAACUGUUAUAGGAAGUUACAAUGACUCGCUUAAACAGUGGAAAAGUAAAGAGUCAUGUAAUGUUCAAUCAAGGGAGCUCCAAGAAACAAAUAAGCUSCCAUUAGUAAGCAAGAAUGACGCAAAAGCACGCUCCACAGCUUCUAUAACCAAAMGAACCCGUGUUGCUGAAACGUCUGUACAAAAUGACGAGAAGAGAGUAGUAUUUACAUUCAAUAGAAAUGAAGGGUCAGACACGCAGAUUAGAUUCUGGACAGGGUUUUAUAGUUCCAACAUCUUAGUGGCAAUUUUUACAAAUCUUCUGGAACCACAUGUGAAUGCCCUUCAUUACUGGGAUUCUAACAACUCUGCUAAAAAAGACGCUGAUCCUGAGAAAUGUGGACGAAAGCGGCAAUUGCAGCCUAUUGAUGAAAUGUUUUUGACCCUUGUUAAGCAAGAAUCAGCUAAUGAAGCCCUUGAUGAAAGAUUCAACCUGUCAGCUAUGGAUGCCAGUAGAAUAUUUAUGACAUGGGUACACUUCAUGCAUACAGUUCUCAACUCCAUCGAAAUUUGGCUUUCUAAGUCAAAAAUCAGAAAGUACUUGCCAGAUUGCUUUAAGGGUCUCUACAAUGAUGUUCGAGUCAUCAUAGAUUGUACCGAAAUUCCCCUGGAAAAACCGUCUGACUUUGAAUGUCAAGCAGCCACAUUCUCAAUGUAUGAACACUGUAAUACAGUAAAAGCUUUGGUUGGAAUCAGCCCAUCAGGUAUUCCCACAUUUAUUUCAGAUGCAUAUGAAGGAAGCAUCAGCGAUAACGAAAUAACCCUGAAGUCAGGACUAAUUGAGAAACGUGAAGCAAAUGAUGCCAUUAUGGCUGACAGAGGAUUUACAGGAAUAGACACUCUUAAUAAACAUAAGAUCAGGCUAACAACACCGCACUUUCUCUCUGGGAAAGCACAAAUGGAUGUAUCCAAUCUGGUAUAG